UGAUUAUUUUUGGAUGGAAAAGCUGACAUAAUUUCGGUUCCACAAUGGACAGGGUUUAUAUAACUUUAUCGGAUGCAAUGCUAAGAGUCGAUCACUGCAAAGGGAGAAGAAGAAGAACAUCAUCAUCAUCAUCAUCAUCAAAAUCUUUUCACUGACAGCAUGAUGAAGACUCUCUGCUUCACUCUGGGGCUGCUGCUGCUCACCGCCUGCUGCUGCAACGCCAUGCUUGAAGCUCUGAAGUUCAACACAGCACCUGGAAACUGCUGCUUCAACUUUCACACACGCGAUAUACCAGUAAAGCGUGUGUCCAACAUAACCAAGACCCACAGCUCCUGUCAGAAUCCGGCAUUCAUAAUCCAGACUAUCAGAGGAAGACAGAUCUGCUACAGCGGGACAUCCCAGUGGGCUCGGGAUGUCUACAAUCAGCGCCACAACACUGAGGGCAGCGGUCAGCAGCACUAA